AUGAAGAUUGGAUCUGUUACUUUCGUCCUCUUGGCCGGGUUCUCUCCUGCCUUGGGAUUCAACAACUAUUUGGAUUCCGUGGGUGGGGGUGGAGCACCCAAGAAGGCAUCGUUUGCUCCAGUUGGAAAGCCCAUGGCUGUACCAAGUUCAGGAACAGGAGGCUACCUGGACAACAUGGCUGGAGCCAGCGCUGCCACUCCUCCUCCCCCACCACCACCCCCGCCAGUGGCUCCCCCAGCUCCACCCGCUGCCCCCGCGGCUGCUGCUGCUGCCCCUGCUGCCAGCACGGCACCGACAGCUGGAGAUUAUCUGUCUUCGCUUCCCGUGGCGGCUGCUCCAUCGGGUGGUGGAGUGCCUGGAUACUUGGAUGCAUUGCCGCAAUCAGCGGCUGUAUCAGGAAGUGGCGUACAAGGAUACCUGGAUGCCAUUGCCCCUGCCAGUGGUGGAGGAUUUGCCCCCAAGCCUGCCUUUGCACCUCCUGCUGCUGCUGCCAGCGCGGCUCCUGCUGCUUCUGCCGAUGGCGAAGAAACUUUGAUUGCCCAAGAACCCGUCCUUACGGCCAUUAAUCAGCUGAAUGACAACAUGGUCAGGAAUCAGGAACUAACAAUCUCUGUUCUCGGUGAUAUCAGCAAAUCCGUCAAGGCCCUUGCGGACAAGACAAUAUAA